AUGUGUGGCAUUUGCUGUACCGUAAGCUUCUCUGUUGAGCACUUCAGUAAAGACUUAAAAGAGGAUUUACUGUACAAUCUGAGACGACGAGGCCCCAGUAGUAGCAAACAGUUGUUAAAAUCUAAUGUUAACUAUCAAUGCUUAUUCUCUGGUCAUGUUCUUCAUUUGAGAGGUGCUUUGACUACCCAGCCUAUGGAAGAUGAAAGUGGUAACGUGUUCUUAUGGAAUGGAGAAGUUUUUAAUGGAGUUAAAGUUGAAGCAGAAGACAAUGACACUCAGAUUAUGUUCAGUAGCCUUUCUGCCUGUAAGAAUGAGUCUGAUAUUUUGUCACUGUUCUCAAAAAUCCAAGGUCCUUGGUCUUUCAUAUAUUAUCAAGCCUCUAGCCAUUACUUAUGGUUUGGUAGGGACUUUUUUGGACGGCGUAGCUUGCUUUGGCAUUUUAGUAAUCUGGGCAAGAGCUUCUGCCUUUCUUCGGUUGGUGCCCAGAUAUCCGAAGUUGCAGAUCAGUGGCAAGAAGUUCCAGCAUCUGGGAUUUUCCAAAUUGAUCUCAAUUCUGCUGCUGUUUCUAGAUGUGUGAUUUUAAAAUUAUAUCCUUGGAAACACAUUUCUAAGGAAAAUGUUGUUGAAGAAUGUGCUGAUGAUCUGACUCAGACUCUAGCAAAAUUGCCACCGUUUGUGUCAGUGGUAGCAAAUGAAGCCAAACUGUACCUUUCAAAGCCCAUUGUUCCCUUGAAUAAGAAGCUGCCUCAGGUUCCACUGGAAACUCGCUGUAGAAACUGUUCCAGCAUUCCAGGAGCAAAAGAGACACUGGAGGUAGUUCUCACAGAACAACACACACAAAAAGUAGUUCAGCAGUUCAUUGAUGUCCUGAGCGUUGCAGUCAAGAGACGCGUCUUAUGUUUAGCUAGGGAAGAAAACUUGGCAUCAAAGGAAGUUUUGAAAACUUGUAAUAAGAAAGCAAACAUUGCAAUCCUGUUUUCUGGGGGUGUUGAUUCCAUGGUGAUUGCAGCCCUUGCUGAUCGUCAUAUUCCUUCAGAUGAGCCAAUUGAUCUUCUGAAUGUGGCUUUUGUGACUAAACGAAAGACACCUAUUCCUAACAUCGGGAGAAAACAGCAAAACCCCCAUGAUGUCCCUUUUGAAGAGCCCACUCUGAAUACUGCUGUGGCUCAAGAUCCUGAUGAUGCUGAAGUGCCAGACCGAGUCACAGGAAAAGCAGGACUAAAGGAACUCCAGUCUGUCAGCCCUUCUCGAAUUUGGAAUUUUGUUGAAAUUAAUGUUUCUCUUGAAGAACUACAAAAACUAAGAAGAACUCGAAUAUGUCACUUAGUUCAGCCGUUGGACACAGUUCUGGAUGACAGCAUUGGUUGUGCUGUCUGGUUUGCUUCCAGAGGAAUUGGUUGGUUGGUGACCCAGGAUGCUGUGAGGUCUUACAAGAGCAGUGCAAAGGUGAUUCUCACAGGAAUCGGUGCAGAUGAGCAGCUGGCAGGUUACUCCCGCCAUCGUGUCCGCUUUCAGUCUCAUGGUCUAGAAGGAUUGAAUGAGGAAAUACAAAUGGAACUGGGUCGCAUUUCUUCUAGAAACCUUGGUCGUGAUGACAGAGUUAUUGGUGAUCAUGGAAAGGAAGCAAGAUUUCCUUUCCUGGAUGAGAAUGUUGUAUCUUUCCUAAAUUCCUUGCCAGUUUGGGAAAAGGUAGAUCUGACUUUGCCUCGUGGAAUUGGUGAGAAGCUCAUUUUACGCCUUGCAGCUAUGGAAGUUGGUCUCCCAGUCUCUGCCUGUCUGCCAAAACGGGCCAUACAGUUUGGAUCUAGAAUUGCAAAACUGGAAAAAACUAAUGAGAAAGCAUCUGAUAAAUGUGAAAGACUCUGGAUACAAGUGAAUAAAUUGUAAGAAAUAAAAAUUUUUUAAAUGUGGAAGACACCAAAUUCUACAUUAAAAAAUCUCUCAUGAUUAUAUCAUAAUAUGAUUCCACCAUGUAACAACAUUUUGUGACAGUUAUGUAAAAAUAAACAACUACUGCCUUA